AGACCACACGCAAUCAGAUCAUUGUGUCUGAAUUAUUUGCGCGGCAAACUUAUUUGCCCAGAGGCUUCCACUCCGUUCAACAGAUGCCAUAGGAGUAUGCCAAUGGUGUCACAAAUGUCGCCGAGGUCUACGGCCGGGUCUCCCGAGCCUGGGGGCACUCGUAAACGGCGCCGCACUCCAUUGGCCUGUGAUGAAUGCCGCGAUAGGAAGCGCAAGUGUGACGGCGUGAAGCCUGUAUGCGGCGCAUGCCGUCGACGAAGCAUCACGACAUGCGUCUGGAACGAGGAGAGGGUCAGCAAGAUGUGGACCAAUAGUUAUGUUGAGGGCCUCAGGGCUCGAAUCCGGGAGCUUGAGUCGGCGCAGAAUCAUCUAUCAGGUCAAUCUGCUGAUAACGUUCUGUUUCCAGGAUUGUCGCCGCCGGAACCCGCCAAUGCCAGUCCGGAGAUGGAGAUGCCUCAACCAAUGGCGCAGCUAACGAGCCCACCAGCUGAUCAGACUACAAAGAGUCUGCCACCUUACUACACCGACGUGCAGGUCGAAUAUAGACCUGCCGUAAAUAAUAACCUUCCUGAUUCGCCCAAGGACUUGCCGCAUUCAUUGCGCAGUAAGCCCUCUCCAACCUACCAGGACCCAGAUCCAGAUCUUGACGCCGGCUCGGAUAGCGACGACACUGAUGUUAACGCAAUGGGCGUCAUAGCUCCCUUGAAUAGCAUCGGUGGUAGGCGAAACCGACGACCUUCUGAGUAUUUUGGUCCCUCCAGUACUGCGAGUCUGGUAGACAGGGCGAGGAAUGCCAUGGGCCAGCAGUGCCGUAAACACUGGUCUGUGUUGAAUAAUAGGCCAUGCUCCCAAUGCCAACAUGAACUGGUCUCUGUCUUGAGCCCGUCUUGUGCUUCAUCGGGGCGUUCCCACUCACUCAAGACAGACAGUGCGGUAUUUGGAAUGACAGUUCCUCCACGCGACGAAGCCGACGAUCUUGUAGAAAACUACUGGCGUUGGACACACUCACUCUAUCCAUCUAUCCAUAGGCCGUCAUUCGAAGAACGCUACCGUAUGAUCUGGUACCCUCAGACGGGGCCACGCUGUCUUUGCACAGAAGCCCAAGCUUUCACGCCGGGGGGCCUUUAUACCUCCAUGGGCGACCGUCUAUUCUACUGCAUGCUCAACAGCGUGUUUGCUUUAGGUGCCCUCUUCAGCCCCAGGAUGGGCCACAAGGACCGCGAUCAGUUGAGCCGCGGAUUCUUUGAGCGCGCUAAGAAGCUCAUGGAUCUGGACAUGCUCGCUGCAGGCAGCUUGGCUCUCGUGCAAACGCUGUUGCUCAUGAGCCAGUACCUACAGAGCACAGAGAUGUCGAGCACUUGUUGGAACAUCGUCGGGCUUGCGGUGCGCGUCGCCCAGAAUAUUGGGCUGCACCACGAUCCCAAAAAUUGCAACCAGGGUUGCUGCCCAUCACAGGCCCUUGACCAAGCGGAGACGGAGAUGCGAAGACGGGCAUGGGCGGGCUGUGUGUUGUUGGAUCGAGUCCUCUGCUUGACGUACGGGCGGCCCUUGAUUGUGCACGCAGCCAUGUCGCAGAGCCAGCUCGUCCUUCCACUAGCAGUGGAUGAUGAAUAUUUAACGCGACUUCCGGACGCUCCAGGAUCACAACCAGAUGAGAUACCGAGCCUAACAGAAUGUUAUAUACAGACGGUUCAACUGCAAGAUAUCCUCGGCGAGGUUCUAACCACGCUGUACCACCCGGAUCCUAGCCCAAGCCCGGCCCCCUCGCUCAGCACCGGAGCAAAAAGUGUAGACUUCCACAAGCUCUUCGCCGUUGAUAGUCUACUUACAACAUGGCAUAAAAGACUACCGCCACAUCUUCAAGCCGGUCAGUAUAAGAGCAGCGGAGAGCCCCCCACGCUCAACCUAUCAGAUAGAAAGGUAGUGUACCGUAGGCAGGCGAUAGUCCUGGAGGUUAGAUAUUUGCACGUUCGCUUAAUGAUGCUCAGACCGGUUUUAUCGGGCCUUUGUGACCCAGCAUCGCAAUCAAGUGAAUUAGGCACGGGUUCAAUGCAAGAUGAGAUGGUGCUCAAGGCAGCCAACCUAUGCGUGUCUGGAGCACAGGAGUUAUUACAGCUCAUUGAGGAUAACAUGUAUUUCAAGACGGACCUCCUUUCUCCACCGUGGUACACGGUCUUCUAUAUACAUAGCUGCGCCAUGGUUUUUCUCAUCAGUCUGUUAUGCUCUCCGAAUCAUAUCCACUGCAUGGACGAAGCUUCACUUCUCGAAGGACUAAGUCGAUGUUUCGCAGCUCUCAAACGGUACCAGAGUCGAAGCCGCGCGGCGGGACGCUGCCGCAAAUUUCUCAUCUCGGUGCAGCAAGAAGUCUUCCACUACCGGAGUCAGAACGGUUUGUCGUUUCCCUCUAAAUGGAAAUAUCAAGGUCGUCAGUGUAACGAAUAUGAAGCAGGAAUGAUGAACGAUUUGGGUGUCCUAGAAACCCCCGGCACCGCAGUCAUGCUGGGAGGUGAAAAUAGCCAUGUGCGACCAGACCCUUCCAUUUGGAACAAAGAUAUACUCUCUCGGCCGAACAUUAUGCAGGAAGAUGCGCGCUUUGAUGAGCAGAUUUGGAUGUAUAAUACUCCUGAUAUUGCCUGGCUUACACAAGGAUUAUAUUACGAGGAGCACAUUGAGAACAGUGUAUAAUCU